AUGGCUGGAAUGUCAGCUAAAGGGCCCUAUGUCAGAAAUAGUGAAGAGGCAGAAGCUUUGGCGUGUCGACAAGCAGUUGUUUUUGCCUUGGAAGCUGGAUUUUCAGAGCUUGUAAUUGAGGGUGAUAACAGCACAGUAAUGAAAGCCAUCUCGGGUUUGUCUUACCAUAAUUCCUUGCUUGGGCAUGUAUAUGAGAAUAUUUGUGCUUACCUAAAUGGGAUGCAGCUGGUUUCAAUAAGUUGUAUUAGGAGAGGGGGGAAUAUGGUUGCGCAUUCUUUAGCAAAGUAUGCAAAAAAUAUUAGUGAUGUAGUCUAUUGGUUAGAGGACUCACCACCACCUGCGGUGGAGGCUUUGUACCAAGAUUCUUUACAUGUUUUUUACAUAGGUUUUUUCCUCUCUAAGCCGUCACUCUUCUUCUCUCUUUCUCUCCAUCCUCAUCGGCCAUCCUCACCAGCCACCGCCACCGCCACCGCCAAAGCUCUUUGGCUCUCUCUAUCAAUCGAGCGCCACCCCGAUGAAGUAACCGCCGCCACCGCCACCCCGACGUCGUCUUCUUCCUCCAACAAUCAGAAGAAGUUGGAGGACGAUUUCGACGCGUUCACCGCUUUGAAAGCCGCCGAUCUGGCGAGGCCGCUGAGGGAGGCGCAGAUCCCCUACAAGAUCCACAUCGUGAAGGAUCACGACAUGAAGGAGAGGCUGUGCCUCGAGGUCGAGAGGCUCGGACUCAGUGCUGUCAUCAUGGGAAGCAGGGGAUUCGGCGCCGUUCACCGCGGCAACGAUGAAGGUAGGCUCGGCAGCGUCAGCGAUUACUGCGUCCACCGCUGCAUCUGUCCCGUCGUCAUCGUCUGCUAUCCCAAAGAUAAGGAUGCCGUCGCUGAAGCUGUCCUCACCGUCAAGGAAGGGGAGGAGGACGAUGAGGCUGUGAUCAAGACUGUCCCCAUUGAAGGUGUCCAUGAGAAAGGUGUACUGAUCACAUGCCAGAAGAUGUACCAAAGGCAUUAGAUAAAACCUUGCAGGAGUUGGAACUUGACUAUGUGGAUCUGUAUCUAAUCCACUGGCCAGUUAGCAUGGGCAGCGACUGUAUCGGAAGCGACUGUAUCGGAGGCUAUCGGCUCUGGGAGCCAGCGGAGGGAGCGUGGCAGAGACGUUAAAUGGUUACGUCCACAACGGCAAUUCUGUCCAUAAAGCAACUCUCGAAAAGUGCAUUAAGGAGCUCCGCAAGUACGGCAGGUUUCAACAUGCCCUCCAGAUUAAUGUGACAAUAUAUGAUUGGGAUAUAAUUGGGAAAAGCGCUGUUCUUGGUUCGGUGACCGUUCAAGUUGAAAGUGAAGGUCAAACUGGUGCACUGGUGCAGUAUGGCAUACAUUGGAUAGCACGUCAGGGCAGGUUUGUCUAGACAUUAGAACAAUAAAACUGUCCGCAAAUUCUCUCAGGUAGCUUUUUGUUGUACUUUUUUUAAAAAUGUUUUGCGUUUAAUUAUAUUGGUUGACUCAUCAAUCUCUCCUUCUCUCUCUCUAAAUAUAGACACACACAUAUGUAAUCCCAAAUUGAACUGUUUUUGGGGUACAUGGCUUUGUAAUUGUGCAGAGAAUGUACCCUCAUUUUGGAAAUUUUAUGUGUUUUGUAUCCUGGAAAUUGUUAUAGAACAUUUUUAUAUUGUUUGUACUUUAAUCUUGUUAAAUUUGUGAUGCAAUCCAUCUAGAUAGUUAGCACAUAUUUCAUUUGACUUGACUCCAUAUUAUGUAUAGUAAUGAUGCAGUAGCCUGAUGUAUUAACAUUACUCAUUAGCUUUCAGCAG